AUGAUUCUAAAUUCAACGGCUAAGAAGAUUUAUACAAACUCUCAUUCCCUAUUUUAUCCCCUUAGGGGUGGAAAUUAUCAAAAUCCUUUCUUAGCGGUUGCCUAUGUGAUAACAUCUAUCUGCAUGUCAAAUUUCAAUCCGAUCGAUUUAAAACUGACAAAGUCUCAUACAAACUUUCAUCCCCUAUUUUACUCCCUUGGGGGUGGAAAUUAUCAAAAUCCUUUCUUAGCGGUUGCCUAUGUGAUAACAUCUAUCUGCAUGUCAAAUUUCAAUCCGAUCGAUUUAAAACUGACAAAGUCUCAUACAAACUUUCAUCCCCUAUUUUACUCCCUUGGGGGAGGAAAUUAUCAAAAUACUUUCUAAACGGAUGCCUACGUCAUAAUAUCUAUCUGCAUGCCAAAUUCAACCCGAUCGAUUUAAAACUGACAAUGUCUCAUACAAACUUUCAUCCCCUAUUUUACCCCCUUGGGGGUGGAAAUUAUCAAAAUCCUUUCAAAGCGGAUGCUUACGUCAUAACAUCUAUCUGCAUGCCAAAUUUCAACCCGAUCGGUUUAAAACUGACAAAGUCUCAUACAAACUUUCAUCCCCUUUUUUACCCCCUUGGGGGUGGAAAUUAUCAAAAUCCUUUCUUAGCGGAUGCCUACGUCAUAACAUCUAUCUGUAUGCCAAAUUUUAGCCCAAUCUGUCCAGCGGUUUGGGCUGUGCGUUGA